GCUGGCAUUUGGCAAGCAGUUUAGGGGAGGGAUUCAAUGCCUGGUGGUUCAGGGAGUUGCGAUCCAAAAUUGCCCCCAGGGUGGGGAAAGGAAGAAGAAACCUGUCCUGAACAUCCCCUCCUGAAUGGGGACUUAGCCUCAGAAAAGUUCCAGAUGGCCUCUUCCUGCCCCAUGGGGUCCGCUGACAGCCUGGAGCUUCUAGACCUUCUCUUUGACCCACAGGAUGGGGUCUUGUGGCUCAUGGAGCUAGGAGACUCUGACUGUGCCCAUGCUGAGGACCAAAAGACCCAGCCGGCUCCAGAACCAGACAAGUUCCUUAGCUCCAUUUUAGGAUGUGGGGACUCUAUCCCUAGCUCCCCACUCUGGUCACCUGCUGCCAGUGACAGUGGGAUCUCUGAGGACCUGCCCUCUGAACUCCAGGACAGCCCACAGUACUUUCAGGCUGGGACCAGCCCAGAUGGCCACCAAAAGGCUUCUCAACCUUCCUACUGCCAUGCUGGCCCCUGCCCUGGCCCCACUGGGCCUGAAGAACCCAGACCUCAAGUGCUAGAGUCAUCUGUGUCCAUAGAUCUGGAAAUGUGGAGCCCAGAAGGCAUCUUCCAGGACAGGCCAGAGCUGACAGGCUCAACUCCAUCCUGUGCCCUCACAGUCAAGGACCUGCUCCUAUCCAGUAAUGCAGACAUGCAGCAGCAUGGAUCUGCAGCCAUGCAGCGGUCAAGCAUUGGGCACAUCCAGGAAUUGGUGCUGACUGAGGAUGAGAAGAAGCUCCUUGCCAAGGAGGGCAUCACUCUGCCCACCCAGCUGCCCCUCACCAAGUAUGAAGAACGGGUGCUCAAGAAGAUCCGAAGGAAAAUAAGAAACAAGCAGUCGGCACAAGAGAGCCGGAAAAAGAAGAAGGAAUACAUUGAUGGGCUGGAGCUCUGCAUGUCGAAGUGCACAGCCCAGAACCAGGAGCUCCAGAGGAAGGUCUUGCAUUUGGAGAAACAAAACCUAUCUCUCAUGGAGCAGCUGAGGAAACUCCAGACCCUCAUGGUACAGUCCACCAGCAAAUCGGCUCAGACAGGCACCUGUAUCGCGGUCCUGCUGCUGUCCUUUGCCCUAAUCAUCUUCCCUUCCAUCAGUCCCUUCACCUCCAACAAAACUGAGGCACCUGAAGACUUUCUGCCAGUCAGAGUAUUCUCCAGGUCGCUGAACGCCGACGCCGCCUCCCGGGUGUUCCACGCUCCAGUCCCAGGUGGGGAGGAGCUAGGUCCCCAAGCCCCUAGCCGCUGGAGUCAGUAUCCCCAGGAAGCUAGCAGCCCGGGCCCCCUGUCUGACGCUACUACUCCGGGCAACGGGACACCAGCUGAGACACCAGAGCCUACAUCAGUGGCGCUGUUGGCCAGGAUGGAGCAGGGCCACACCAAGGUUGGAGGAUUGCUAGAGGCUGAGGAGGAGCUUUGAGAGGCCAGUCCCGGGAGACCCGCUCCACUCAAAGAGGCUAGGCAGUACCAUUCCUAGAACGGUGUGGGGAGUUUUAGCAGCUCCCUCGGCUUGAAAUGGAGUGGUCCAAUAUGGGGCGGGUCCCUGCUCUUCUCUUGAAAUUAAGCUACACCCACCACCCUGGGCUGGACCUAGGCCAAAUGAGUAGGUGGUCACCCCCAGCCCCCUUCAUAUCUCCUCUGCUUCUGUCUGAGAAGCUACCAAAGACUGAAACAUACACAGACUUGCACAGGAUAUAAAAGAUGGAAGGUGCCUUAAAGAUAAGUUCAGCCUCCUGAUUCUGCAUAUGAGAAAACUGAUGUCCAGAGGUGGGGCAGGAACUUGCUUAAGGUCAUCCAGAGAGUCUGGGACCUGGCCAGGACCUGGCCGGGACCUGGCCAGGACCAGAACCGGUCUCCUGAGUCCCAGUCCAGAGCUCCUUUAUGCAGACAUAUAUUGCUACCGACAAUACAUCCCCAGGAACUAAUCUUUCCACAUGACCAGGCACAUGCCCUGGCAUCCCAGAGAAAGAUAAUUCCAGAGCUCCCAGAAGUGAACAGGGGCAAAUCUGGGAUCUCAGGGGCUAUCCUCAUCUCCCAAGCUCUGCCUUUUAGGGGAUCCCAUGUGCUCUACCCCUGCAGUUGGGAAUGCCUUCUCUCCUCCCCCAAUUCCCUAGGGGUAGGAUUUUGUAAGUUGAAGUGAUCCCUUAAUAAAGUAU